AUUCUAGAAGACACGGUCGUAGGAAGAAAAUUUUAAAAGUCCUGAAGCAGGUAAUGAGAUGUGAUAUUUAGAACCAUUCAUGGAAGAGGGCAUCAUGUCGUAGACCUAAGCAUGUUGUUUUGCUUUGUUUGAUAUUCAACGUUAUGUGAUAAAAUCGUGGAUAAAUUGUUCCAGGGAAAGGAAAAAAGGUAACACAAUGUCUAGAAGAGAUUACGCUGUAACAAAGCGAGAGGACACAGUACAUUAUACGGUUGAGGACAUAGAUGCUUGCGAUGAUCUUGAUGAUGCUUGUGAAAUUGGGGAAGCCCUGGACGUCAAUUUGUGGGGACUGUCUGACCUAGAUAGCAUCAAAGAGAGGCUGAUCAUGCACAUAGAGAAGGAAAAAGGCAACUUCAAAACACAGAUAUUUGAUAAACUUAUGGAAAUUUUUCGGGAAGAUGAGCGAAAACGACAAAAAAUACUUGAACUGUUAAAGACAAUCCAAGGGACAUUAAAGAAAUUUGAAGUGCCAGAGGUUCCGAGCCAGCAACGCAAAAGGGGUAGCACAGCGUUGGAGGAACUUCUGGUGACGGAGGGGGCGACGAAAAGUUUCGAAAUUGACUUCAAUCAAAGGAUCUCACAAAUCCAAACAGGAGAAUGCAUUAUUGUUGUGUCAGGUGAGACCACAGCCGGUAAGUCAAGUUUCCUUAACCUCUUUUUUGGCGAGGAAAUAUUACCGGUCCACCACAACCCUUGCACCUCUGUCAUUACAAAAAUUUCCUACGGCGUGAGCAGAUUGGCUCGCAUCGUUCAUAUGAACGGCGAUACAGAAGAAAUAGAGGACAUUCAUAAAGGAGAAUUGAAGGAAAAGUUAUGGUCGAAAAUAUUUGAAACUAAUUUAGACAACAGAGAACAGACAUCAAGAAUAAACGAAGUUCAACUAUCCUUGCCAGUGGAGAAAUUGAAGAGCGGGAUUGUUUUGGUGGACUCUCCAGGAAUCGGAGAAAAUUCUGCCAUGGAUUCUGUCAUCACACAAUUCGUCUCAGAACACCACAUCAGUGGUUUCAUUUACAUCAUCAAGUCUGACAAUGCCGGAGGUGUCGACGAGGACAGACUAGGAAAAUUACUCAAGGUAAUCAUAGACAAGCAAAAGAAGAAAUCUGACGAUGCUGGAACAGUUUUUGAUCCAAAAUGUGCAAUAUUUUUGUGUAAUAUGUGGGACAAUAUCAAGAAAGACGAGCAAGACAAUGUGUAUGAAUUCAUAGUCCGGAGGCUGGAAAAUUACUGGCCAGGACUGGUUAGGUCCAGCGUUAUCAGGUUUUCUGCAAAACGUGCCAAAGAAGAGCUGUCUGUUGAUCCAGACUACAUUACCAAAGAUUACAAACUCUUUCUGGAGGCACUGAAAGAGUUAGUGGUCAAGGCAACUGAUAAAAGAGUUAAGGCCACGUACAAGUGGAUGGAAACAGUCUUAGUACGAAGUGUUCAUCAUCUUAAAACUAUAGUUAAAUCUGUCGAUGAUAAUGAACAACAUUUAAAAGAGAAAAUGAAGCAUGUUCACGAAAAGCUUCAAAGUUUAAGGCUGAAGUCACAGGAGGUGCUGAAAGAUCAAAAAGCACAUAUAGACGCAAGUGUUAAAGAAAUCUGUCAAACAUUUGAAAUCUUCUUGAAUCAACCAGCCACACAUUUCCGACUUGUUCAUUGGUUGAACCAAGAUUUGAUAGAUAUUCGAGAGGAUGAUCCUUGGCCGGAAAUUAAACAAAAAAUUCAUCAUAUACUUCUGAACAGGAUAACUGAUGAAUUCACGAAGUGGGAGGAAGAUAAUAAAAAAUGUCGAAAGGUCGAGCAAGAAAUCUUCAACCAAAUCAAAUCCGAACUGCAUCUUUUACAGAGUGAUUUAGUGUCUAUCGAAGGUGAACUGCAUUCUGAUUCCGAUAGUGUCUCAUCAGAAGAAUAUUAUGGUUCAACAACUCGACGAAAAUCAUCACUCCUCUCAAUAAAACUUGGGCGAUGUGGAGACUAUGAUUUUGGAGCGUUACAUGCACAGCGACUACCAGUCCGAUUGGUUGGCAAAUUUUUGCAUCCAUUGGAUACUUUAGCCAAGACACUGAGACAUUCUAGUUUAUAUGAAACUUACGAAUUUGCGAGAUGGAACAGGAAGAAAGAAGUGUUUCAGAAAGAUCCACUCAAUGUCGCCAAGCAAGUCUCCGAAAAGUUUCUUCAAAAGUUUUUGCAUCCCAAAAAGGGCGAAGAAAAUAAACUUCUUAACUUUGUUUCAGAAAUGUUUGAUCGUCCAAGAGAAUUACUGGAGGUUAUUGAAGAGAAUAUCCCUGCAAUGAUCCAUUCCAAUGAAGAAUUACUAGACCAUAUUUCACAUUGCCGCAUCGAUGCAAAUGAAUCAAGAGAAACAUAUGAAAAGAUGAUGGUAGGUUUAGAAACUUUAAAACAUCAGCUUUUGGAGUAUGGAACUGGACAAAUUUACGUGGAUGAUUUUAUUGGAAGGGAAAUUCGUCUUCGGGACGAUUAUAACGACUACGGAGAUUCUGGUGAUUUCCGAUGUUCAGCAAUCAUUCUAAAUUGCUCGAACAACACUCGAGGAGGAGACAGACGCAUCCAGAGGGGGAUUUGGACUGCUCUACAAAAUGCGAGUUUAUACGACGAGGAGGAAAAACGUGAUGAAGCAAUCAUCAUCAAAGUCUAUCUUCCUCUGGCCGGAAUCUCCGAAACCUUUGCAGAAGUUACCAAAUUACGAUUUCUGGAUCACCCAUGUGUAGCAAAGUUUUUGGGUAUUCACCAUUCUGAUUCUCCAAUCCCUGCAUUUGUUUAUAUGGAUCACCUUCGAAGUCUAAAAAUAUAUAGAGAAUCGACCUUUUGCAAUCUUCGAGUGGAGAUUCCGAGAUUUCUGGAGGAGGUGGUUUAUGGCCUUGAAUAUCUUCACAGUAAAAAGCUUGUCCACAUGGAACUAUGUCAGAACACCAUUACAGUAGACUUUGAUGGGAAUGUUAAACUAACCGGUGGAUGUCUUCCACGUUUAGCCAGUUUCCCAAUGGACAAGGAGUCUAUCGUUGUGGGUGAUUUUGCAUACUUGUCACCGGACGUUCUGAGGGGGGAAAUAUAUGUUGCGUGCGCAGACGUGUAUGCGCUUGGUCUUCUGAUUUUCGAAUUGUUGCUCAAUACUCGAUGUUUUGACAACCAGAGAAUGAUGACUCUUGAUUUGUUUACCAGCAAAGUGGAUCCCAUUGGAAUGAACGAUGUCAUAAAUAAAUGCCAAGAGGUGAAUAUGACUGAAUCAACUAAAAAUCUUAUUGUGUGGUGCAUGGAUCCAUCAGCGGAUAAAAGACCUCCAGUCCAAGUGAUUGCAGAAAAGAUGAGUGAUUUUAAAACUGAACAGUGUGCACAGAAUCUCAGACGUAGUGGUUUUCAAACCAGAAGACACCAGGCCGUAAAGCGUGUUCCGUCUAAACAAGCUUCUUAGCGAGAUUUUGAAAUAUUUUUAAAGAAAAAUAGAUUUCCUAUGAACAUAGCUGACAAAAUAACUACCUAAUGGAGUCUCCAUGAAAAAGGAAUAUGUCUCAUCAAUAUUCAUGACACAUUUCCUUUGGUUUAAUAAGUAAUAUUAUUAUUUUGUCAAUUCAGUAUUAUACCGGUAGAUAAAAUGUGUGAAUUAUGAAAAUAAAACAAAACUUUUGGGGGUUCUUUUAGCAUUACCAUAUGAUAAUGAAAAUAAUUUUUAACCCAGUACUGCCGUUUUCAAUAGCUUUUGCAAAAGAGCAGUUCUGCCGUUACCAUGAAACGGUAUAAUUAUUCUGUUGUCUUCAAACUCAAAAUAUUGUAUACUUCGACUUUUUAAACUUGCAUACGUUACCGCGGUCUGUGUGCCUUAUUAAAAAAAACUUGUACCAAAUAUUUCAAGGUUUUUAGCAACCAAAUGAUAUAUAAAUAUUUAAUCGUUCUGCAGUUCCAUUAAAAUCACUCAAGUGUUGAAGGAGAGAGAAAAAAUCUAUUAAAUCAAUGUCAUGUACCGCGUAAUCGAUCCAUUUAACCAUUGAUCAAAGGAUCGGCAACUGCUAUUGAAAACGACAGUACUGGUUCGAUAAACAUGUUCUAAGUCCUUGGGGUUAAAAGUUAUUUCACUUCCUGGUUUAGAAGUUCUUAAUGUUGGCAAGGCAUGCAGAAAUAUCCAAUACGAAUGUUUAUUUUCUAAAUACUGUUUUAGGGGUUUAAUUUUAAUCCCGAUUCCAAACUAAUUUUGUCUCUCAACUUUUAUGAGAUAAUUCCUCGUAUUCCCUUUUGGCUAGGGUGGUAAUUGAAUGAGGUUGAGGGUGAAAAAGGGAUUAUAAUUUACGAAAAUAAUCGCAGAAUGUUUGAAAGAAUACUACUGUAACAUGUAUUGUUAUUUCUUAAUAAAUUGUAUCACAAUCA